CCAUGUUGAUUUGAACGAAAUUUUCCCCUCAUGCUACUCCAACCCCCGAUAAAUAGAACGUUCCUCUUAACUGUACCAAUUACUCACGCCUCACGAAAUUAGAUGAAAGGGUGCCCCCUUUUCCCCGCUUUUCUCCCACCCCAAUCUUUACCUGAUGACGGCUUCUUUACCGUAGCAGAUAUACCACUACACAAGCAGUUGGGGGAGGGGGGGUGGAACCCUUAUGACUGGAUUGUGACAAAUGGGGCUCCGCUUGAAUAAUUUUGGUUUAGUAGCAGGCAGUUCUUAACUAACGCGUAUUAUUUCGAGGCUCUGAACGCGAUCUUCUCUGUGGCUUCCUGUGUGUGUGAACCCAGCAGCUGGUUAUGUCUCGACCCAGAGAACUGACAUCUCUGUCGGAGAGGAGAUGGGGAUAUACAAUUGUAAAUCUUUAGGGAGAGUCUUCUUUUUAUAAUAAAUAAAAAUUAUUUAAUUUUUUCCCCGUUAUAAUGAAACGACAACUUCUAGAACAACCAAAUGCCAGAUUUGAUUCUGUAGAGUUUUUCCUGUGGAAUAUCCUCACCGAAAGAGCUUUUCUCCUAAUAACUUCACAAUGUUUACACUCCAAGAUUCGUAUAUUAAGCAAAUGGUUAUGAGCCUUAGAGUUUCUGAACUCCAAGUACUGUUGGGCUACGCUGGGAGAAACAAGCACGGACGCAAACACGAACUUCUCACAAAAGCCCUGCAUUUGCUAAAGGCUGGCUGUAGUCCUGCUGUACAAAUGAAAAUUAAGGAACUCUAUAGGCGGCGGUUCCCGCAGAAAAUCAUGACGCCUGCAGACUUGUCCAUCCCCAACGUACAUUCAAGUCCUAUGCCAGCAACUUUGUCUCCAUCUACCAUUCCACAACUCACUUACGAUGGUCACCCUGCAUCAUCGCCAUUACUCCCUGUUUCUCUUCUGGGACCUAAACAUGAACUCGAACUCCCACAUCUUACAUCAGCUCUUCACCCAGUCCAUCCGGAUAUAAAACUUCAAAAAUUACCAUUUUAUGAUUUACUGGAUGAACUGAUAAAACCCACCAGUCUAGCAUCAGACAACAGUCAGCGCUUUCGAGAAACCUGUUUUGCAUUUGCCUUGACACCACAACAAGUGCAGCAAAUCAGUAGUUCCAUGGAUAUUUCUGGGACCAAAUGUGACUUCACAGUACAGGUCCAGUUAAGGUUUUGUUUAUCAGAAACCAGUUGUCCACAAGAAGAUCACUUCCCACCCAAUCUUUGUGUGAAAGUGAAUACAAAACCUUGCAGCCUUCCAGGUUACCUUCCACCUACAAAAAAUGGCGUGGAACCAAAGCGACCCAGCCGACCAAUUAAUAUCACCUCACUUGUCCGACUGUCCACAACAGUACCAAACACGAUUGUUGUUUCUUGGACUGCAGAAAUUGGAAGAAACUAUUCCAUGGCAGUAUAUCUUGUAAAACAGUUGUCCUCAACAGUUCUUCUUCAGAGGUUACGAGCAAAGGGAAUAAGGAAUCCGGAUCAUUCUAGAGCUUUAAUUAAAGAGAAGUUGACUGCGGAUCCAGACAGUGAAAUAGCUACAACCAGCCUAAGGGUUUCUCUACUAUGUCCACUUGGUAAAAUGCGGCUGACAAUUCCGUGUCGGGCCCUUACAUGUUCUCAUCUACAAUGUUUUGACGCAACUCUUUACAUUCAGAUGAAUGAGAAAAAACCAACCUGGGUUUGUCCUGUCUGUGAUAAGAAGGCUCCAUAUGAACACCUUAUUAUUGAUGGCUUGUUUAUGGAAAUCCUAAAGUACUGUACAGACUGUGAUGAAAUACAAUUUAAGGAGGAUGGCACUUGGGCACCGAUGAGAUCGAAAAAGGAAGUACAGGAAGUUUCUGCCUCUUACAAUGGAGUCGAUGGAUGCUUGAGCUCCACAUUGGAGCAUCAGGUAGCGUCUCACCACCAGUCCUCAAAUAAAAACAAGAAAGUAGAAGUGAUUGACCUAACCAUAGACAGUUCAUCUGAUGAAGAGGAAGAAGAGCCAUCUGCCAAGAGGACCUGUCCUUCCCUAUCUCCCACAUCACCACUAAAUAAUAAAGGCAUUUUAAGUCUUCCACAUCAAGCAUCUCCAGUAUCCCGCACCCCAAGCCUUCCUGCUGUAGACACAAGCUACAUUAAUACCUCCCUCAUCCAAGACUAUAGGCAUCCUUUCCACAUGACCCCCAUGCCUUAUGACUUACAAGGAUUAGAUUUCUUUCCUUUCUUAUCAGGAGACAAUCAGCAUUACAACACCUCCUUGCUUGCCGCUGCAGCAGCAGCAGUUUCAGAUGAUCAAGACCUCCUACACUCGUCUCGGUUUUUCCCGUAUACCUCCUCACAGAUGUUUCUUGAUCAGUUAAGUGCAGGAGGCAGUACUUCUCUGCCAACCACCAAUGGAAGCAGUAGUGGCAGUAACAGCAGCCUGGUUUCUUCCAACAGCCUAAGGGAGAGCCAUAGCCACACCGUCACAAACAGGAGCAGCACGGACACGGCAUCCAUCUUUGGCAUCAUACCAGACAUUAUUUCAUUGGACUGAUUCCCAGGCCCUGCUGCUCCCAUCCCCACCCCAGAUCAAAUGAACUUGGCAGAAAGAAGAGAACUUUGUGCUCUGUUUUACCUUACUCUGUUUAGAAAAGUAUACAAGCGUGGUUUUUUUUCCUUUUUUUAGGGAAAAAAUUAAAAGAAAUGUACAGAGAACAAAACUAUAUUUUCAGUUUUACUUUUGUAUAUAAAUCUAAGACUGCCUGUGUGAUAAAACACUUGUUUAAAAAAAAAAGGAAAGAAAAGAAAAAGAAAAACAAGCACCCACAAACCACCUUCAGUUCAUUUUUUUCUGGAUUCUGAAGAUUUUUCAUCGUUUGUCCUAUGGUUUUGGUUUUAUUUGACUUCAAUGGCAUUAUUUUAUUUGCAAUAACAGAAAAGGAAUUGCAUGUAUGAAGUUUUCAAUCGUGGGCUUUUCUUUGUUGUGGGGAGGGGGUCGGGGGAUAGUUUGAUUUCCAUUUUCUGAAAACGACAGACUUGGAUUCUGUUUGUGUGUGCAUAUUUUAUCCAGCCUUAAGUUAUAAAGCUCAUCUGUCCCGCUGCAUUCCCUGUGUAUUUUCAGGACAUGGCUCGUGGGUGUGUGUGUUCAUUGUGUGCGUCUGUAUGUAUUUUUCUGUCAUCACUGUUCCCUCUCCUCCCGAGUGUGCAUUCAGUUAAUAUAAUCAGUUGCUUGCUUCUUUCAAAGUGCUUUGAAGGUCUUGAACUCACGUGUGAGCAUCUUUAUCAACUAUCCCAAUUGCAUGUUCUCCAUCACAUAUUCUCUUAUUUGCUCUGUACCCCCUGAGAAUAUGUUUUAGAGAUAUUGGAAUAAAGCUGUCUGGGUAAGGAGUAGGCUUAGCCGACCUAUGAAUAAUACACUUUAGUCUAGUUCUUUAUUCUAAAUCUGGAUCGCCAGUAUUGUGUAUUUAAACCAAGUCUGUGAAUACCUGCUUUUUUUGGCCACAGAGUAACAAGUUUUCAUGUAAGAUCUUCAUACCAAAGUAGGAAGUAAAAAUAGCUUAGAAAGCUCUGUCAGGUGUUUUGUGCAGCUGACAGAGGUAAUGUUACAUCACCUAAAAAAGAAAGAUACACGGUCAGUUAUCCUAAAAAUAAAUUGUUUGGAAAGUACAAUGCACCACAUUUUUGUAGAAGUCUACUAUUUGAUAAACAGUUGAAAUUCAAGAUGUGUUUGACCCUUAGUCAUUUUUACUCUUUGGUUCUGAGUAUACCUAUUUUCUUAGCGUAUCUACCUUGUUUAUCUGUUUCUUCACCUUUUAACAAGUAUGACAUAGGAAAGUCAUUUUUUUUUUAGAAUUCAUGGAUCAGUCUGAUCUACUCUUAUUCAUAAUGGAACAUGUAAAUAUACUGAAAACUGUUUUUCAGGAGAGAAAUAUGAGUUGGAGGGAAGGAAAAGUGGUUCUACUUAUGUUCCAAAAUCCUCAUCAGAGAAGGUAUGAUGUUCUCAGGUGUGGAAAAUAUUUUUUAGUUGAUUGAGAAUGCAGGUUUAACAGAAAAGAUAAGGGGCAUAAUGACUGCUGGUUUUCCAGACUGGAUUUUCCUACCGCAACUGUUAAUGUUCUCAGAGUUGAUGAGGACCACCUUUGUGUAUACACUUGUAGUUUUAAACCUUGCAUUGGUAAAAAAAUGAUCAACUUUAAUCCAGGUAGAAUUCAAGAUGGCUGUACUUCAGUUGUAUGAUAAAAUUAAUGGUUCUCAUGACUGUGUGGCAUCUAAAAAUAAUGUUUUUAUAGCAUCUCUCUGCCACUAAAUUGUUGACUUGAAUUUUGGAAAAAAAAAAGUUGGUGUUGAUAUGUAUAUGUGUGUGUGUAUAUAUGUAUUUAUAAACAAGUGUGUUUGAGUAACAAGUGAGUUUCAUAGUCUUCCCCUACGCAUGUGUAUUCCACACACAAAUGGCUGAGUUAUAGUCAUAAAACAAUUUGCAAUAAAAAAAAAAAACCAAAACAGAUUGUCAGUUAACCAGGAAACAGUUAAUGUUUUUUAAUGAAUCUGGCAUUAUAGUGAGCAAAUGUCGUAUUAAUUUAGGCUAAUUUCUAAUAGUACCAUAAUUUGUGUCUAAAUUUCUAUUGGGGUAGAAAUUACUAAAAUUGUGGGGAGUUUUUUCUGAUUUUUACAUUGCUUUAGGAAACAUUUUUACUAAUUCAGCUGUCUUAGGUAAAAUGAAUAGUUUUCUUCCUGUUUUUUUAUGUGUCAUUGUUAGUGGUCUCAGAAUUCUGAUCAGUAACUUUGUGUAUGAUGCUGAAUUACAAACCGUUUGAAUGAUCCAGUUGAAAACGUAUCCCUCUACUUUCUUCGGUUGUAGAAAAGGUUAAUUUCCCUCAGUGUCCCACAUUAUACCAACCUGAGAGAAGAACAGGUAAUAGGGAGAAAUAAACAUACGGUGGUUUCAGUGGUUUUGGUCAUGUGUCCACAGGAGAAACUAACCAUUCAGUUGUCUUAAUUUUAGUUCGUUCCACCCUGUGAGGAGUUUGUUUCCAUCAGUUGUUGACUUUCCAAAAUGUUGCAUUAAGUAAUAGUUGUCACUCUGUUGGUCUCAUGGUCAAUAUCAAUCACACUUUCAUGAUUUCUACUAAUUAUUAGUAGAGUCCUGUACUAUGUCUAUAACUACUAGGUUUAAAGAAAAGCAGAUAGUCACUUCAUCUCUUUUUUUCUUAGCCUACGCUCACUCCCCAACCCAUCCCAACAUUGACAUGCUAUCUGUGGACAAAUAGCAGUUCUCAGAAUCUAGUCAAGUUGCCAUCAUCCCCCUUGCCUUGGCCGUUCAUAGUAGGUAUGCAUAUGUUUGUUUCUGUACAGUACUGUGUGUGUGUGUAUAUAUAUAUAUAUACAUCUGUAUGCACACAUCUUUGAUAAAAUAGCUAUUUGACUAGCAGGGUUAAAGUGGCUUUUAAUUACUUCAUGAGCGUUAUUGGAUACAUCUUAAAAAAAAAAAAAUCUGAACCAGAACCAUGCCAUACUUGGUUGACUAUUUUGAGCAUUAAAAUUGCUUUACUAAUUAUUUAGACAUUAUCACAAUUCUGUAUCUUUACUGACUUAGGAAAGAUUCACGUAAGCUCUGAAAAAUCUGAUUCCUUGGCAGAUUUUCCUUUGAGUCAAGUGUCUGAAAUGGAAUGAAAACUCUAAAUUAAUGUGGAAAGAGCAUUUUUUUAAACAAUUUCAAUUUUAAACACAUAAAACUUUCAAGAUCUUCAGGACUUUUUAAAGCACAUUUGAAAUUAUUUUAGUAAGAAUUUUGUUUUAUCAAUAUAUGUUGAAUUCUGUUUUUUAAUUAAAUACAAAGCUUAGAUUUCAGAAAGAGAGGGAAAAUAGCUGGUGGUCCCAGAGUGUGCUGCUGUUAAUUGUUUAACAAAGGGGAAAAUGUACAUAAACAGAUAAAGUUACCAUAAAUUCCAUGAACUUAAAUCUGUGAUUCAUUGCCUUAAAACUUUCUCUCUUAGAAUUUCCAUACCGCAUGCCAAACCAGUAAAAUGGCUUUUAAAAAUGUAUAGUAGACAAUGUCAGUUUGUAUAAAAGUACCAAGUGAAAAUAUUUAUUACAUGCAUUGGAAAAAAAUUGUUUACCUAUUGAAUGUUACCUGUUUAUGUAGAGCUCUUUAGAUGUAAUAAAAGAAAAGCCUUCAGUUAA